CCCAGUACAUUAUGGUCUUUCCUUCCUAGCGUCUGGUGGUACCUAUGGUAGGCAUGUUUAGCUGCUGGUACGAUCCCUCCUCCACUGAAAUAUGGGCUUCAUGUCUGGCCCCUGUGGGACUGCCAGAGCCUGGCCCUCAGUCAUGUUUAGUUGGGCUAGUGAGUCGACUCUUUUGGUCAAAGGGACAAAAGAAGAUGAGGAGAUGUGGCUUCAGGAACAGUGAGACCUGCGCGUGGCACUGCUAGGAGGGAUGGGUUCUACCUGCCAGCCUUGGGGCUCCUGGCAGCCGACAGGACUCUGCCCACUGGGACUUGUGUGCCAACCUUUGGGUACAGAGCCUUAGCUUCACAGGCCCCAAGCCAGGAGCCCCUCCUCAGGUGGGCCAGCAGGGAUGGAUGAAGGCCUGUCGAGGGGUUCUUGCACACUCAGAUCCAAGUCUCAGAGUGGUGGUCCCUCUGCUGGCCUCCCACCCAUACUCUCCUGUCAUCAGAAGUGUGGCAGGUGACAGUGUGGUCACUGGGGUGGGAGGAUGUGGGAGGCCCUGGAUGGGGCCCAUGCCCAAGGGUCUAGCCAAGGCCCCUUCAUUAGGGCCCCAACUGUGACUUUAUUGCUCAUAGUCUCUUCCCUGCCCUGGUGGCCCUCAUCCCUCAAACCUGAAUGCAGAAGUCUUGGUCCUGGACUCAAAUCCAUGCCACUCUUCAGCCUGUGCUGUGGGUUCCUAAGCUGGGCAUUUACCUAGCAAUCAAGACUUCUGACAGUCCUCAGUCCUACCCCCAAACCCCCUUGGACUUCUUUUUUAAGGUGGUUUCAGCUAGGAGGGUGAGCGUGGCUUGGGUGAGGGCAGAUAGGGUGGGAGCAUGUGGCAGGUAUGGAUGAGACCUUGACAAAGGGACCCCAGAUGAAAGACAGGGACCCUUUCUCCCUUUGUCCUGGAAACCCAGCUCAGCCCCAGCCCUUGCCCAUACUGCUGCUGCUGCCUGGUACCUUCCACAAGGCCAGACUCCCCUCCGCAAAGCUGUGGCCUGCACCAGCUCCUCUGGCUCUCCUCUGCCUGCUGAGGGCCCCCUCCCAGCCUGGCUGUCAAUCACAGGAGAAAGGGGUUGGGAUUUUGUUUGUGCCUCUGCCUGAGCAGAGAAUGGCUGAUGCGGCCACCGAGCCUUGACCUGGAGAGCCCCUCUGUCCCUGCUGCCCCCGUCUCCCCUAGCCCAGACUUCUGCCCUUCACGCCCAUCCCUGACCAGCAGCCCCACUCAGCCUAGGCUCUGGGUGCCAGCUGGUUAUGGACAUGCCACCUGAACCCAGGCCAGGAGCUGGUGGAUGCAUAGGGCUAUUUUAAGCACAGCUUCUUGGCCUGCUCCCCUGGCCCCCAGCCCCCAGCAGCUCAGCUACUGGUCACCUGCCACCGCCUGGAAUGCUGAUUGGCAGUUGGCUGGGGUGGGGGCUGGGAAGACACUGUUAUAAAGCUGGGAGUGUAGGGAAGCAGCCGUCCCCAUCCAGAGUCCUCUGUGGUCCCUGCUGCCACCAUGGCCACCCACCGCCUUGUGAUGGUCCGGCACGGCGAGAGCACAUGGAACCAGGAGAACCGUUUCUGUGGCUGGUUCGAUGCAGAGCUGAGUGAAAAGGGGGCCGAGGAAGCCAAGCGGGGAGCCAAGGCCAUCAAGGACGCCAAAAUGGAGUUUGACAUCUGCUACACGUCGGUGCUGAAGCGGGCCAUCCGCACCCUCUGGGCCAUCCUGGAUGGCACGGACCAGAUGUGGCUACCUGUGGUGCGCACUUGGCGCCUCAACGAGCGGCAUUACGGGGGCCUCACAGGCCUCAACAAGGCAGAAACGGCCGCCAAGCACGGGGAGGAGCAGGUGAAGAUCUGGAGGCGCUCCUUUGACAUCCCGCCGCCCCCAAUGGACGAGAAGCACCCCUACUACAACUCCAUUAGCAAGGAGCGUCGGUACGCAGGCCUGAAGCCCGGGGAACUGCCCACCUGCGAGAGCCUCAAGGACACCAUUGCCCGGGCCCUGCCCUUCUGGAACGAGGAGAUUGUUCCCCAGAUCAAGGCCGGCAAGCGAGUGCUCAUUGCAGCUCAUGGGAACAGCCUGCGGGGCAUUGUCAAGCACCUGGAAGGGAUGUCAGACCAGGCAAUCAUGGAGCUGAACCUGCCCACGGGGAUCCCCAUCGUGUAUGAGCUGAACAAGGAGCUGAAGCCCACCAAGCCUAUGCAGUUCCUGGGUGAUGAGGAAACGGUGCGGAAGGCCAUGGAGGCUGUGGCAGCCCAGGGCAAGGCCAAGUGACGGGUUGGGCUUGGGCAAUAAAGGCACCUCCUCCCACAGCCUGGACUCCAGCGCAGCCGGGCAUGCCAGGCUCACCGCACCAUCAGCUAUGGGGACUCCAGAACCAGGGGUGCAGCCAUCCACCUUCCCCCACUCCAUGCCCGUGUCACCAGGGGCAGGAGCCUAGUACCCACCCCUAGACAUCAGGACACUGAGCCAGGGCUGCAACCACUCCAUGAGUUUGCAGGCAGGACAAGCCUGUGGUGACCCUGAAGCUUCAGAGCCACUUAGUAAAUAACCAUGCUCUAGAACUGGCGUGCUUGGGGCCAGUUAGAAGAGGCCAAGUGACCCGGCUCUCCCCAUGGGGAGCAAGGACCACAGCCAGGACAUGGCUUCCCGGACAGCUUCCUACAGAGGGCAGGUGGUCCUCUGCUGUCCUUGCAACCCCCAGGUGGCACUUUGAGCCCUGACUCUUGGGUGGGGACAGGUAAGCCCAGAGGGGGCCUCAAAGCUGGCAACAGCCCAAACUUGGGUCUUCCAUGGGAGUGGAGGGGAAGUUCCCUCUUCAUGGGAGAGGCACCAGGAAGCCCUGGCAAAAAGGGGAGAGGCCUGACCACAGGAAAGCCGGGAGCAGGGUUGGACUCCAUGCAGCCUUCACCCCACGCACCAGCAGGUGACGCCUCGAGUCACGCACGUCCGCCUAGCAGCUCUGGGGCACAGGAGGGACCUAAUUCCCUGGAUGCUCGGUGGGUGCCAGAUACUCACACCACACAGUGGGCCAUCCCACUGUGAGGCUCCCUGAAGCUGGGAGCAGGGCAGCCCUUGGCCUCUCCCAGAGGAAUUGGAACGCAGGAAGACUCUGACUUCAGUCCCAUCUUAACAUUUAGCCUCUUCCUGGUGGCUGAUCAUCAUCAGCCGCAGUCUCAGGGUGAGGGUGCUCACACCAGACACAGAGCAGAGGCAGACACCGGGCAGGCAGCCGGGUGCUAUUCCCACAUGGGAGCAUUCAGGCUAUAGCAGGGCAGGUCAGAGCUGUGAGCCUGUGUAGACCAAACUGGGAAUUCGUGGUCCAAAAGCAUAUUUGUUCUUCAGGGACACGGAUGAGGUGGGACAGAAAAUAGGAGAAGACAACAGGCCGAGGCCACUCUGUGUUACGUUUCCUGAAGUCAGAAUCAGUUGAGGCACACACUGGGGCCGGCAGGCAUUGAGUGAGCCGUGUGGAGGAACAUGUUGUGUCUGCUGUUUUCGAAUACCCAGGGUGGAAGCUUGACCAUCCGCAUCCCCACUUCCCAUAGCCCAGGCAGAGGGACAGAGAAAUGGAGUGGGGAGCAUAGAGCAGGCUCCGACAAGACAACUUCCCUGCUGCCAAACCACCAUGAUCCACUCUGACUUUGGUCACAAACUCCGCUAAAAACAAUUCUCUAUGUUCACUGUUCCCAAGGGUCAUUCUAAACAGUGGUGGCCACCACCCCUUAGAAGCAAGA